AUGCCGAUGACGAGGACCAUGCCUGACUUGACGUACUGGACUUGGGUGAAGAUUUGGAAGCGGCGACAAGAAGGUAGUGUGACAAUGGAUGUGACAAGAUCUGUGACAGCAUCUGUGAUAGGUAGUGUGACAGAGGGUGUGACAACAUCUGUGAUAGGUAGUGUGACGGCAUAUGUGACAGGUAGUGUAAUAGCGGCUGUGAUAGAUAGUGUGAUAGCGGAUACUGACAGAGAAUCUGUUCCUAUAGUUGAAUCAGCAAUACCAGAGACUAGAGAGAAUGUCCCUAUUUUUUAUUCAACAUCUACAGAAUGUACUCCUACUCCGCCACCGCCAGUAUGCAAUGUUAACAGUACAAUGGUCAAUGAGCAACCUGAUGUUGUAUCUGAGACUCUUGAAGAUACAUAUUUUGAUGUUGUUAUCUUGCAUAUCAAAGGUGUGCUUUUUGGGCUCAGGACGAGUCUAGGUUCCAAAAACCGUGGUAAUUGUGUUGAACUUAUAAAGCAUACAUCAAAGUUUAGUCCGGAAGUUGCUAAAGUUGUUUUACAAAAUGCCCCAAAAAAUGCAUACACCUCACCCACAAUUCAAAAGGAGAUUUUGAAUAUUCUAGCAAACAAGGUGAGAAUGCACAUUCGAGGAGAAGUUGGAGAUUCUAGCUUUUGUAUUCUUGUUGAUGAAGCACAAGACUCAACUCAUAAAGAGCAAAUGGCUAUUAUUUUGAGAUUUUUCGACAAAGAGGGUUUUUUAAGAGAACGUUUUUUUGAUAUUGUGAUGGUUGUAGACACUAUUGCCAAGACACUUCAUCAAGAGAUAUCUAAAGUUCUUCUCCAUCAUAAUUUGCAAGUUGAAAGAUUAAGAGGUCAGGGUUACAAUUGGUCUUGGUUGCAGCUUCAAGAAAAAGUUGAUCCUAUUUGGAAAUUCUUUUCUUCCUUGAGUUCUAUUGUCAAUGUUAUUUGUGCUUCUCCAAAACGUCAUACUGAAUUUCAUGUUGCUCAAGUUAUGCAUAUUACAGAAUUGGUUAUAGCAGGUGAGCGUGGAACAUGUAGAGGACUCAAUCAGAUUGGUACCUUGCAUAGACCUGGAGCUACCCGUUGGGGUUCUCAUUUUACUUCAGUGUGUGACUUGAUAGAUAAAUAUGAUGCAACUUGUACCAUUCUGGAAUUUAUUAUGGAUGAUAAAACAACAGAGUCUUUACGUGCGGAGGCUGAUGGUGCUUACAAUGCAAUUAGAUCAUUUCACUUCAUAUUCAUCUUGCAUUUGUUGAAAAAAGUGAUGGGACUUAUUGAUAUCUUAUGUCAAAAGUUGCAGCAAAAAUCUCAAGAUAUUUUGAAUGCUAUGAACCUGGUGGAAAUUACAGUGAAUUCUCUUCAUAAGUUAAGAGAAGACGGCUGGGAAGAUUUUCUUGAAAAAGUGGUGUCUUUUUGCAGAAAGCAUGAUAUAGAUAUUCCUGACAUGGACGGUCAAUUCAAUAUGAGUUCACGUCGCCGUAAUUGUCAACAAAGAUUAUGUCAAGGAUUAUUUGAAACAAAAAAAUCAAUGACAUAUCAAAUGAUUGAUCGGUUAAUUCGUCUUGUUUUGACUUUGCCGGUUUCCACAGGAACUACAGAGAGAUCAUUUUCAACUAUAAAACGUAUCAAAACAAUGUUGCGCAACAAGAUGGAGAAUGACUUCUUGGCUGAUAACAUGAUUGUCCACAUCGAAAAGGAAUUGGCUGAGAACUAUGAUGCGGACUCAAUAAUUACAGAAUUUGCUUCUAUUCAAGAGCGAAGAGUGCAAUUUGACUAA